UCCGGUGGUGUUAUUGAGCAUGUCAGUCAGUCGGAGUCAGGCACAGUUGGCGACUGUUAAUGUAGCUGGCUGGAAAGCUAGCCAACGGUAUUACUAAUUGAACACGUGAAUACAGAAUAUUCAAGACCUCGGAGAAAAUAGUCAGCGUAUCUGUUUAAUGACGCCACGUUAUUGAACAGUUUUGAAUUCAGAAGUUACAUUUAGCAAUAGUUGCUUUUGUUAAUUAAAAAAAGAAAAAUGGCGGAUAUCGCAACGACUGGAGCAGAGAAGACUCUGGACGAUUUCUUCGCAAAGCGGGAUAAAAAAAAGAAAAAGGAGAAGGGUAAAGGGAAGGAACAGACGGCACCACCCCCGUCUAGUGUCUUGAAAAAGAACAAAAAGGAAAAGGAGAAAUCAACAAAAAAUGAAAACCAAGACACACAAGUGGAGAAGGAGGAUGAGGAGUGGAAGGAAUUUGAGCAGAAGGAAGUGGACUACAGUGGCCUACGGCUGCAGGCCCUUCAGUUAAGUGAUGAGAAGGAGGAAGAGGAGUACGAGAAGGAGGAGUUUGGGGAGGAUGGGGAGAUCAUUCUCGUGAGCGGAGAUAAAGUUUCAGGUCCAUGGAACAAGUCUGGCUCCGCACCAGUUGCACCUGCACCUGUGGAGGAAGAGGAGGUGCCAGAGGCAAAACCAACAGGCGUUUACAGGCCUCCAGGAGCACGGCUGUCUACCACUAAGAGAGGCCCUUCUCAGGGGCCCCCCGAGAUCAACAGCGACACGCAGUUCCCUUCACUCCUGGCCACUGCCAAGCAUGUAGAAACACGCAGGGACAGAGAAAUGGAGAAGACCUUUGAGGUGGUGAAGACCAGGAACCGAAUGAGGGAGGAAGGUGGCGGGGCCUCUGCGCAGCAGUUGCAGCUGGACAACCAGUAUGCCAUCCUGGGAGACAAAUAAGGCCUCCGGCUCAGCCCGUACCCAGCAUCCCCAGCAUGGUCUUUCCCGGCCCGCGGAGGAAACAUUUAACAGCUGCGGGCUGUACAGCCCUGACGAAGCUGGAGCCGCCACCACCACCAGACUGCACACCCACCCACCCCACCCUCACCCACCCCCGUCUCCUCCCUCCCUCACACACACACCCACACAGACACAGACACACACACCCACAUGAAACCUCUUCAAAAGGACCGCUAGAUGAACAAAAUCAAAACCCAUCCAGUCUGUACCCAUGUGAAUAAUACAAGAAAAACGUCUAUUGUGGAUCAUACUCAGAGCACAGGUGGCACACCCGGUCUCUGGUUUGCUGCAGUAGCUCUGGGGGAGAAACUGAGCACGGAGAGCAAGUUUGGGGCGCAAAGUUAAGACGGCUUAUAUUUUUGCAUUUGAUAUACGGCAGCCGUGCUGCAUUUGGAUUCGUCUGCGGUUUGGAGUUCUGAUCUGGGCCAGGAGGGAGACUACCUCAGUUACACUUCGGUGGAUACUGUGUUGACCAGGCUUAAGUGGCACCCGGAGUCAGACGAACGGCAGCACUCGACGCGCUGAGCUGUUCUCUGCUCAAACUUCAAGGCUACAUUUUGCCCUCAGAAAGGGACUCGGCAAAGACAUGUUGACAAAGGAAGCGGUUAUAAUCAGUUUGACAUGAAAUAUCUAUUUAAAGUGGCCUUACUGUGGAAAAGGGAACUAGAUUCCUGUGCAUUGUCCUCUGAGAAAAAUCUGGCUUGUGGCUUCAAAGGGUGUCGUUGGCUCCUGAAAAGCACGGCUUUGAAAAAUGAAUCUUUUCCAGACUUCACGUAUGGGAAUGUAGUACGGAGCUGUAGUCUGAGUAACAUGAUAGACCAAUGAACUGUUUUUUUGUUUAUUUGCUCCCCACACUACCCCUUUCUUGCCCAACCCCCUGCCUUCCUUUUAGUUUAUUUAACCUUGGCAGUUCCUUGGUUAACAUUAAAUGUGUCCUUUCUGAUCUAACGAGAAAUUAACCUGGUAAAAGUUUUAAUUUGCUUCUUGAUUUUUUUUUUUUGGUUUGGUCAUAUGAACAGCUUUACCCUUAAUCUGAUUGGUUUUCUCUGCUGACCCUGGAGUGAGUUUGUGAAGAAACUGAGAGGGAAGCUAAGUCAGUAAAACAAAUGUAUCCUGGGCCCCCAAAAUAUCUGUCCACAAGUCAAAUUCUUUUCCUCCAGGUUUUUCACUGACGAAGAUAUGAAGAGCCAUAAUUCCUGUACUUGCAGGUGGCAAAGCUGUGCAAGGUCAUUUAUGCUCAGUAUGAUAUUUGUGAAAAGUUAUGGAAAUUAUUUUUUUUACCUUCAUGCACAUUUCAGGCAAUAUGAACCUUAUUACAGAGCUGGUGGUAGUUCAAAGCAGAUAGGCAGUUUAGAUUUUGGUCAUUUAGAUUUUGCAGGGUUUAAACAUUUUUCUGAACCUGGUUUGCUUGUUAUUCACAGUAACUGCCAGUAUGUAUCAGUUUCUUACUCUUGAAAGGUAUACAGCACUUGUAUUAGUUUUUAUGGAACCAUGACGAGUUUAACUAGGUUAUUCUUCCAUUUGCUAUAGCAUUGGUUGCAAAUUGUUUCCAAUAUUAAAAUUAUUUUGAUAUUUAAUACAUUUUAAGUAGUUUAAAAAUUAUAAAAUGACUAAAUUUAAUAUGUCGGUUGCUCUACCCUUAAGGUUGAACAUGACAAUGUUAAAUUGUCUGAACUUCUAUGUAAACAAGUUUGCUUUAAAUUUAUUUCUAGUUUCCGUUUGUGGUGUAUUGUCAUUAUGGAUUAUUGCUCCAAAUGACGAUAUUAUCCCUUUAACAGUCGUCUCAAACAAGCAUAAUUUGUUUUGUUUUUUAUGGGAGCCAGUUUAAGGAUUAAUUACAGUUUAAAUCAUGAAAAAUGCAAAUGUUCUAGGGUCUCUGAAAUUUCUUAACUGUUUUGGUUUGUUUGAAAGCACUUAUUUUUGCCUUGGGUGUAGAAAGUUAUUUUUUUCCCUUGAUUGAUUAGUUUCCCCAUGAACCGUACAGAUGGAUCAUACAGGAUUGAUGAAUUCAUUUAAUGUCUGUUUGGCCUCUGUUCUGCUGAAUUCAUCAUAUCCCUGCAUUGUGAACUGGAUGAAUUGGCUGAGUUAAUUGUUCAUGAAUGCUUUUGUAAUACGCAGUGUGCUAUUCAGCCACAGUGCAGUCUCCAUUUGCACAGUUGCUCGCACUAGCCCAUGGAGUGCUCUAUCUUUGGAACACAGGACAUUUCAGUAUCUGCGUUUUAUGUGAAUUUGCAUUCUGAUAAAAAAAAAACUUUUCCAUAAUGUGCCAACUCGCAAUAAUAGUACAGAUGUAUGUCGUUCCUAAUUUUAUUACUUUUAACAGAAACGAGAUGAAAUUGGUAAGCUGCAAAUGUUUUGGCAUUCUGAUCAAAACAAAUUUUGCCACACAGUCUAGUAAUAUUACAAAACCCUUGAAGUGAUCUCUGUUGGAAUUUACACAUGCUGAGCAAGCUAGCUAGAGCGUGCCAUCUCGUUUUUGACAUUUCAUUCAAAUUAAGCGCUUUCUUUGAAUCUCGCAAUGUUACCAAUGGUUAUGUGAGCAUUAAGAUAAAUAAACCACACAAAUGUCAGAUGCCAAAAGAUUAUUUGGCGUUUGAGAAAAGCGUAAAUGGAUCUGAUAUGACAUUUUGUGAUGACAAGACUUAUUGCUAAUAUAUCGUAUAUGUUGAGCUGUGUUUCUGUUGACAUUUUGAACAGAAAUUAAUGGGAUGCUUCAGACGAGUUUGUUUGCUGUUUAUAUGGCUAUUUAUAUUAAGUAAACCCGCAUCAUAGGUCUAGCACCCUCCAUCAGUUCACCUUAGCGGUUGUGCUUCGGGCCACAGGUUGCCUCUUCAUCCUGCUGCCCACCAGGUGAGCUGUGCAGUCACCGUACUGGAGGACUCCGCUGCGUGCACAGCUUUCGACCAACCAGAGGAGUCGCUGUUGCGUUACAAGGAGUGGCAAACCCUAGCGACUGAAGCAAAACCCAUCUUGGGCAACACUACUGUCAAUGGCACUUGGCUCUCCUCCUUUUGGUGUUUGCGCUGUAGGUUUGUGUUACACUGCUGAAUGCUGAUUGCAAGUAUGAAAGAUAAAGAACAGGGCUGAUCUGUCUGAGUAUGAUUGCCUAUACAAUCAGUUCAGCAUGGAUGUUUGUGAUCUUGUGUGUGUGAUGUGGCCUGGGCAUCUUUAAUUUGAAACCCAAUACAGUCAUACCCUUGUAACAAAUUAGCAGGUUUUCAGAAUGUUUCGACCUUCCUCAAAUAUGCUAUGGAAAGUACUAUUGAGGACUGUUUGAAAACCUGGAGAGAACAUCUCAAUGAGUAAAUUUGAAAAAACACAGGACCCUAUUAAAAAUAUAAAACACUUUUGAGGAUCAACCUCAUAAGAUCACAGUUCUCAUCAAAAAGUAAGAAAAAAACCUUUUACUGGUCAGGCUGUGUAAAAUGGGGUUUUCUCUGAUGUGAGGGUACCCACCUGCUCUUGAAUCUUUGGCUGUGCGUUUCCCCUGCUCACCAUAGAAUUUGUCCCAUUUCAGAAACUAUCAAAAUUUGUACUUGAAUUUUAAAUCUAAAUUUUCAGUACGGUAAAUCUUAGUAUUCAUGACAAAGAAAAUGGGAAUACAAUUAUAUAAAUCAUUUGAAAGUGUUAUUAUAAUGGUAACAAUAAUCAUAGUAAUUUUAACUGCAGUCCAGUUCCAAAAAGAACUUUGUUUAGCCAAAGGCAAGUUUCAAAGCUUUAUCUGUAGCAUUGGUAGUUCAAAAAGAUGUGUUCAAAAAGGUGUGAAGUGUGAACAUUUCCCUUAUGUAACAGUCAAUAGUUUUUGAUAUGUUGCCACCCUGUAAUGCAAAGUGGAAGUACAAUAAAACCUCAUGACUGAUGAGAA